AUGACAUCGCCAUGUUGUAAUGCAGCCGAAUAUUGCCUAGUUGUUUUAGGAUCAGCCGGUGUAGGCAAAACAUCGUUGGUAUCACGAUUUUUUUACGAUAAAUUGAACGAUAACUAUCAGCCAACUCUACAAGAUAGCCAUCGUAAAGAAAUUAUGGUAAACGAUUUUACAUUAAAAUUGCAUGUUAUCGAUACCACUGGUAAAAAUGAAUUCCCGGCAAUGCGUAAAUGGUCUAUAAUGCAUGGUGAUGCAUUUGCCUUAGUCUAUUCUAUUGAUGAUUUAGCAUCAUUUACAAUGCUAGAAGUGAUAUAUCAACAAAUUUUGGAGGAAAAAAGCGGUAAAGAUUAUAAAAUUUUAAUUGUUGGUAAUAAAAGCGAUUUGGAAGUAGAUCGACAAGUUGCUCAAUCAUCAGCUAAUUUAACUGCAGCAAAUUGGGGUUGCGAUCAUAUGGAAAUAUCAGCUAAAAAUGAUCAAAAUGUUUACAGUGUCUUUUUUAAUAUCUUAACACAGAUACCGCUACCGUGUCGUAUUUCAUUAGAGCAUUUAAAGCCAUCAACAUCAUCAUGGGAUAGUAAUACAAGAAGGAAAAAAUUCAAUAAAGUUAAAUCAGUUACUGUCAUGGACAGUACAGCCUCAACACGACGAAAUCGUAUGAUGUCAAAUAAGCGUAAAAUGAUCAGUCAAAGUUGUAUCAUAUCGUAA